UAUAAAUAAAAUGGCGGCGGUCGGUUAAAUGUUUACAAAGUUUGUUUACACCUCGAUCAAGGGAAAAGUAAGGCAUUCAGAGAAGGUACAGUACACUUUACUUGGGGAUGAUGAGGAUGAUGAUGCGGAUGAAGACAGUUUAUAUCCUAGUCCUUCUGGCUCUGAUAUCUGUUGUUGUCUGGAUCUGGUGGGUCUCUAGCUUUCAGGAUGCAGAUCUGAGCCGUGCUGGCAUCACUUACGAUGUGAAUGCCCCAAAAUUUGCAGACCUUCAUCGGGGCUACAAGAAAAUGGAGAAGAAAGCUGGCACAGGGGAACACAUAUUUAUUCAACAGAUGAAAAUGGAGAAAGCAGUACCUCUGAGAGUUAAUGAUUCUUUUUUCAAGGAUGUUGACAUGGCAUCAAUUGCAGACAUCCCAGUCUUAACCGCAACACAGAUUGUGAACAAUAACAGUUAUAAUGAGGACAUUGAAGACCUCCAACAGGAGACGUUGGGAUUGACGUUUAGUAACAGAGAGUUUCAUCUCAAUGGCAAACCCUUCCGAGUGUUGAGCGGAGCAGUUCACUACUUUCGAACAGUGCCGGAAUACUGGGAGGACCGACUGAAGAAGCUAAAGGCUUGUGGCUUGAACACAGUUGAAACCUAUGUUGCCUGGAAUCUUCACGAGCCUUCUCCAGGGAUUUUUUAUUUUGAGAAAAUGCUUGAUGUCAGGAAAUUUGUAAAACUAGCUGGUGAACUUGGUCUGUAUGUGAUUCUGAGGCCUGGUCCGUAUAUCUGCUCUGAGCUGGAUUUUGGUGGACUGCCAGGAUGGUUGUUGCGAGACCCCAACAUGAAGGUUCGAACCAACUACCCCGGCUAUGUUGCAGCUGUCAACCGAUAUUUCAGCGUCCUUCUCCCUAUGAUGAAAGACUUACAGUUCUCUGAGGGUGGGCCUAUCAUCAUGGUGCAGGUGGAGAACGAGUACGGGGUCUACGGCCUGGACAUACAGCACCUCAAGCUCAUCACAUACCUCCUGAAGAGAGAGGGAAUCAAAGAACUUCUUGUGACAAGCGACAACACUGCCAGCCACCUUGACUUUCACCAGUACGCGUUGCCGACCGCCAACUUCCACCGGCCUGGGGACCACUUCCGUAAGAUCUCUGAGCUGAGCACAGACUUCCCGCUGAUGGUCAUGGAGUUCUGGAGCGGGUGGUUCGACUCUUGGGGUCAAGGUCAUCACUCUAUGCGGUCGGUUGCGGACUUGAACGAAAGCCUCACCACUCUCCUGGCCCUGAAAGCCUCCGUGAACUUCUACAUGUUCCACGGGGGGACAAACUUUGGGUUCACAGCAGGAGCCAUAAAUCUCACCAAAUACGCACCGUUUGUCACCAGUUAUGACUACGAUGCCCUGCUGACUGAAGCAGGGGACAUUACUCCCAAGUAUAUGGCUGUCCGGGAGACCCUUUUUCAGUUUUACAAACAAAUGGGUGUGAAGAGUCUACCGAAGAUUCCACAAAACCUUCCCAAAGAGCAUUAUGGGUUGGUGAAAUUGACAGAAAUGAUGCCUUGGGAUGUCUUAAUCAAUUUAUUGCCAGUGGCGGCCUGGGAUGACAAAGUCCAGCACAUGGAGGUGUACCGCGACACACGAGGCCAGCAUAGCACUCUGGGCUACGUGCUCUACUCCCACGACAUGUCCAAGGAGGUGGCGUGGAACCAGAUGCCGGGCGUACAGCUCAGCGGCUUUGUCAAGGAUCGACUUCUGGCCAUUCUGAACAGUGAGCUUAUUUACACACUACACGGGUCCAACUCGGACAAUGAGCCACUCCUGGACUACGACUGGGACCAGGUCUGGCAGUCUGUGGUGGAGAAGCUGCGCAGCACCAAGAAGAUCAAAGGCUCGCAGAGACUGGACCUGGUGGUGGAGAACCAGGGCCGGGUCAGCUACUCCCCACAGCGGCUUGACCUGCUCAACCAGCAACGGAAAGGCCUGUCAGGGCCGGUUUACCGCUACAUUUUUGGCCUGUUAGAAGAGUGGCAGAUUCGCUUCAUGAACUUUGAGGAAGAACAGUAUGAAAUGAUCACCAUGUCGUCGGCCUGGAUGAAUGCUGAGGAGGUGCGUAACCACCCAGAGACCAGACAAGCCCCAGCACUGUUCAGGGGUCACCUAGAGGUCAAGGACACUCCAGUUGAUACUUUCAUCUCACUAGAGGGCUGGAAGAAAGGUGUGGUCCUUGUCAAUGGGUUUAACCUGGGCCGCUACUGGCAUGUGGGUCCUCAGAAGACGCUGUAUCUGCCGGGACCUCUGCUCAAGACAGGCUCCAAUGAGAUCAUCUUGUUUGAGGAGGAACAAUGGGGCAGCCAUGUGUCACUUGUGGACUCUCCAGACCUUGGGCCGGCCAGAACGUGAUAACUACUAACUACCGUUUGUUGGUUUUUUCCUCUCCGCCUCAUACAGCCGAGGGCUGGGGCCAGGACAUUUCUCCAUAUCUCAUCAGCAAAACCAACAAUAAUUUAUUCAAGAUGCUCCAGUAUUUUAUGUCUAUAUCAGCAAAACAGUUCAUAAUUUAUUCAAAGAAGCUCAUGUCUUUCUGUAUCAGCAAAACCAUCAGUGAUUUAUUGAAAGAAGCUCCAGUUUUUUUUGUAGCAGUAAAGCAGCCAUUGAGUUAUUCAAAGAAGUUCCAGUCUUUUAUUACAGUAAAGCCAUCAAUAAUUUAUUCAAGGAAACACAAUCAAUCUACAAUAUGAAGGCUCUGCUUCUGCAGUGAUGUGGUCGUUACGUAUUUACACCGUUCCGAUAACCUUCCCCCCCUCACCCUUCCCUACACUACCCUUCCAAACCACAGCAUACAAAACCAUCUUUCUUAAAAAUACCAUUGUCAAAAAAACUGUUGACGUCUCCAGCUCUUUUUGACUGACGCCAUUCAUGCCAUAUGAUCUCUAUAGUUUUUAUUUUGCCAUAGAAAUCAGAAUUUUUAAAGUUUUUGGGAUUUAACAUGGUAAUGUAUGAUUUUUUUUUUUUUUCAUUUUAGUUGGGAUUUUUUGUUUUGUACACCACAAUUUUUCCUGGGUUUUAUUACCACAUUCUUUGUCAAAGACGUUUUAUUGUUACUGAGAUUUGCAUAAUGCAUGUGUGUGUGUGUGUGUGUGUGUUUGUAUUCUUUUGAAUACUCAUAUGUUGUAUAGCAGUCAACCUCUCAACAUUAAAGAUUAAAUCUUUAGGUAAUGUUUGCCUGUAUGCAGAUGUUAGAUGCCUGGCAAUUCUGAGGUCAAGUGAUAAAAUGAGGUACAAUAAGAGUUAAUAAUGUUGUUCCUAUUUUGUUGUUUUCCAACAUUUUGUACAUAAUACCCUACAGUCUUACCUUAUAGAAAAACAUUGUUGACUUGUAGGUGCUAAUUUUCUUGUUGAAUUUUACUUUUUGAAAUAUUUUUUCCACCAAUGAACAAUAUGUGUUCUGUGAAAUGUGAAGUAUUUGCUUUUUGCAUUGUGUAAUAAUUUGUAUAUGUCAUGUUGUAGAAGAUGUGUUCUUUUUUCCUGAUUCUAGGUUGUGACAACAUAGUAUGUAUGUGUCAUUGUGUGCCUGUCUGUCUGUGUGUGUGUGUGUGUGUUUAUGUGUGUGUAUCUGUGUGUGUGUAUGCGUGUGUUUGUGUGUGUGUGUUUAUGUGUGUGUAUCUGUGUGUGUGUAUGCGUGUCUUUUUACAAGUUGCUGGAUGUGCUUAGGAGUUUGUGCAUACGUGCAAUUGUAAUACUUGUACCUGUAUGAUUUGAAAAAUGAGGCAAUGAAGAGAAAUGGAAAAAAAAGGAUGAGGAGAAAGCGAUGAAGAGACUGGGAGUAAAGAGGAGAAGCAGAUGGAGAGAAAUGAAAGUUGCUGUGUUGAUAGUGGUGAAAGCAGGAAACAAUCUGUUUUAACCUACUUGUCGACUGCUUUGUGUCAAACUCCACCAUUUGCUAGGGCUGGAUCCUGCUCGCCAAAUUUGAGAGUGGCCAUUCGCGAUUCAGUCGCCUUCAAAGAAUCGCGAGAACGCGAGCGCUCGUGGAACUGUGGCGGAACACUGAUUGAAACGGAACAGUGUCAUAUCAACGAAACAGUGGCAUAUCAACGAAACAGUGUCAUAUCAACGCCUCUUGGCGAGCGCGAGUCCCAUUAUUGUUGUUCCGCCAUCCUCUCCGCCCCCCACCCUCCGUUGCGCUGCUCUAUCUACUGACCUCAAUUAGUGGCCCCCAUAAAUUCACACCCCCCCCCCCCUCCCCACCCCAUGAUUCGCU